AUGCUUGCAACUUUGAUUAUCUCUGCAUUGUCCCUUUUUGCUUUCAGUGUGAGCAACACUGCUGAGGCCUGCUCGAUUUCCGUCUCAGCUCGUGAAGGUACGUUCAUUGUAGAAGAAUCUGUUCGAACGACCUCCGAUCCAUCCAAGGUCGUGGCGCUAUGGGGCGAAUACAAUGAGACGGAGCCCUUUUCAUGGACCACGGGAGAACCAUUCCAUGUUCAGAAUAUCACCAUAGACGUAAUCACCGGGGAUGUUUCCGUGGGAGUUCCGCCAGGUGUCCUCAUUCACGAACCCCUCCAACCGACACCACCAACCCAAAACUUUUCCGUCGAGAUUGACGAGAAUGGAAACACUGCCACCCUGAGUGGCCCUGGAUUGGUCGAGCCCUUUUCAUUUGAGUACAUUAGACCAACGGAACAAACUUACACAGAGGAUGCGUUUGUGUACAGUAGUCAACUCGAACGUGGCUAUUACUUCUACACCAGUGACAACGGGCCCCGUGAAGCCCCCAACCAUGCAAGCAAGCGUAUGGUUGCUAUUGUAGACCUUUCAAACCCCGACAAUGUGUCCUACUCUACCUACCACCAUACUGGAAAUCCAAGAUAUCAUCCAAAUUACUUCAACGGUCCAGCAGCUGUAUUCGAUGAAAUACAAGUUGCUGCGCUCCGUGGAAUUUGUUGUGAUUGCAUAGAUGAAGCUUUCUGGUACUACAAUGAGACAGCAGUCCGGUUUGUUGAUACGAGCAUUGGGAUUAGAGGAGCCUUCAAUCUCAAUGCCAUUUCAUUUGAAGAAACUGGAACUUUUGCUUACAGCGUCAAAAAUGUGAUACCACCAGGAAUGACGGAGCGCGUCACCGCAGGAAGCUACAAAAUUGAGAAACUCAACAUCGAAACUGGGGACAAGUCGGAACUGGAUUUGAAGUUUGCGCCGGACCUGCUUGUGAAACUCAACAUUGCUACUGCGGGGAAGUCGGAGCUCGAUUUGAACGAGCCAGUGGAUAGCCCCGACGUGCCUGACUCUGCCGCUUUGAAGACAAAUAGGCGCCUCAUUUGGGUAUGGCUUCUUGCCCCUGUCUUGUUGGAGAUUUGGAGCUUUGCUUCCUAG